AUGUCAAGACGAGCGGUGGACGAGGUCAGAAGUUCUCUCGGGGAGGACUACUUUGUCUGCAACGCGGUUUCCAGUGCCGCCCUCGAAAAGAACGUCCUUCUGUACGUUGACAACCGCAAACUUUUUGGCCAUCUGACAAAUCCGGACAACACUACACUGGAACAUCUUCACAACGAUCUUUGGGAACUGUUUGAAAAUCCUCUUGACUGGGAGGAGCGAUAUAUCCAUCCGGAGUACAACAAAUGGGUAUCUGAUUCCGUGAAGCUCGGUGACUUUGAACAACCCUGCCCCGACGUAUUCUGGGUGCCCCUCAUGUCUGAGACCUUCUGCAAGGAGUUGGUUGAGGAGAUGGAGAAUUUCGGAGAGUGGUCAAAUGGUACCAAUUAUGACUCUCGUCUGGAGGGUGGUUACGAGAAUGUGCCAACUCGCGACAUCCACAUGAGACAAGUCGGCUGGGAGGAACACUGGCUCCACGUCCUCGGCACAUACGUUCAUCCCCUCCAAGUGAAACUGUUUGAGGGAUAUUCGGACAAGCCCUGGGCUCGAAUGAACUUUGUCGUUCGAUACCACCCAACUGAACAACCUUUCCUCCGAAACCAUCAUGACGCUUCUACCUAUACCCUUGAUAUGGCUCUAAACCGUGCUCAUAUUGACUAUCAGGUAACAUAG